GGUGGUGGAGGUGCCCGGGGAGAGGGGAAGGGAGAGAUAUAUAGAGGGAAGAGGCUGGCCGGUGGGGAAAGGUGACAGCGAUCGGGAGAGUGACGGUGAGAGAGAGAAAAGGCGAAGAGGGUGACAGUAAACGGGUAAGAGGAGUGAGAGAGACUGAGAGUGAGUGGGAGAGUGGACGGUGAGAGAGAAAUAUCUGCAUUAGAGAGAUAACAUUAGGCCAGUUGUGAGAGGGGAGGCUGAUCAAUCAUCUAGAGUUGCAGAGGGACGGGACCGGACAGAAAUAAGUUGGACAGGGGAGGUGCACACAUUCUGUUUCACGCAUUCGACAGGUGAAACCUCAAACGGUUGAGUAGGACAGGCUGGUAAAUCAAUUGGUCCUUAUUUGACACACUAUCAUUUAAGAAAUGGGACAAGAACAGGAAUAGGUCAGGGAAUUGAUCAAAUUGUGGGUUUUAAUCUAAUGAUACGGUUAGAAGUAAUGUAGAAGAAUGGUUUAUUGAAAAGUGAGGAGUUAGACUUGUAUGUAGUGGUGAGGAGUUAGGAAAAUAUGUAGCAGAUUUAAUACAUUAAAGAAAAACAACGAGAGAGAAAAUAAACUAGCACUAGAUCACUUUGAAGAAUUAAAUUAUUCAAAGAUUUCGAAGGGCAUGGUAAUUGUUUGGCAAGGUUUUAAGAAAUCAGCCAAGCUUAUCAGAAAAUGUUAACAUUAUAAUAAAAGAAGUCGGCCCAAAAGGAGAAGCUGCACAUGGAAACUGAAAAAUAAUUGUUGGUUGAUCAUUACCAUACAGUAAAUUGAACAGUUGUAGGAAUGGUCUAUAAGGAAAUAGAGAAUGGAAGCUAAAGUGCCCCAUCAUUCGACAAUUAUGGACUGGGAUUUGGAAGCGGUAAAGGCAUUCAUUCUGUUCAAGAAUAUCAUGGAACUUUGAUGCAGGAAGAAGACAAAGUUUAAAAUUGGUUGAAUUCUAGUGAAAUUCCAAUUUCAAAAAAUGAGACGAAGUCUUGCACCAAGUCAGCUUGCAAAGCGAAAGCCAGGAGAUUCAUCUGACGAAGAGGAUGUGAAGCCAAAGAGACGAAAGCUUGGAUCUGAGCGCAAUAAUACUGAAAGUUUUAUUUCUCCAUUCCGGAAACCACUAGCACAGCUAACCAAUAGGCCGGUCUGCCUUGACAGCAAUCAGCAUGAGGCUUUCAUUAAAAGUAUCCUGGCCAAACCUUUCCGAGUGCCUAUUCCAAACUACACGGGGCCUCUUGGAUUAAAGUCACUGGGGAUUAAACGUGCAGGUGCCAGAAGAUCACUUCAUGAUCCAUAUGAAGAAGGUGCUUUGGUUCUCUUUGAACCUCCAUCUCUUAGUGCACAUGACCAACUAAAGGCUGAUAAAGAUAAACUUCCAGUACAUGUAGUGGUGGAUCCUAUCUUGACUUCUGUUCUAAGACCACAUCAAAGAGAGGGUGUGAAGUUUAUGUGGGACUGUGUAACAGGCCGGUGUAUCACUGAAGGCUAUGGCUGUAUAAUGGCAGAUGAGAUGGGAUUGGGCAAGACUUUGCAGUGUAUUUCCUUAGUAUGGACCCUCUUGCGACAAAGCCCAGAAGCUAAACCAGAGAUUGAGAAAGUGAUUGUUGUGACUCCGUCCAGUUUGGUGAAAAACUGGUAUAACGAGGUGGAAAAGUGGCUGGCAGGAAGGGUACAAUCGCUGGCCAUUGAUGGAGGAACCAAGGCAGAGAUUGACAAGAAACUGGCCACAUUUAUGAGCCAACGUGGGUUACGGAUUCCAACUCCAAUCCUAAUAAUUUCUUAUGAGACGUUUCGAUUACAUGCUGAGGUGCUUUGCAGAGGUCCAGUUGGUUUAGUCAUCUGUGAUGAGGGUCAUAGGCUAAAGAAUUCAGACAAUCAGACAUAUCAGGCACUGAACAAACUGAAUGCCAAGCGUCGCAUAUUGAUCUCUGGGACUCCAAUCCAAAAUGACCUACUUGAAUAUUUCAGCCUUGUUCAUUUUGUUAAUGCUGGAAUACUUGGGACUGUACAAGAAUUUAAAAAGAGGUUUGAGUUACCCAUCUUGAAGGGCCGUGAUGCAGAUGCAAAUGAAAAUGAAAGACUGCGUGGAGAGGAGAAACUGAAAGAAUUGAUCAGCGUUGUGAAUAGGUGUUUGAUUCGAAGAACAUCAAAUAUCCUCUCGAAAUACUUGCCAGUGAAGAUUGAACAGAUUGUCUGCUGCAGACUCACUCCCCUGCAGUUAGAGUUGUACAAACUGUUCUUAAAGCAAGCCAAACCAGUAUUGGAAGUGGAGCAAGCUCACAAUGGGAAGAUGAGCUUUUCCUCCCUAUCUUCCAUCACCUCACUAAAAAAGCUUUGUAACCACCCAGCAUUGAUCUAUGAGAAGUGUGUGGAAGGUGAAGGAGGAUUUCGCGGAGCACUUGAUCUUUUUCCACCACGAUAUAGUACAAAAUCAGUGGAGCCUCAAUUAUCAGGCAAAAUGCUUAUCCUUGACUAUAUCUUGGCUAUGACUCGAAGUACCAGCUCUGAUAAGGUGGUUUUAGUAUCAAACUACACGCAAACUCUGGAUUUAUUUGAGAGGCUCUGCAGAGAUAGGAGAUACCUAUAUGUUAGACUGGAUGGCACAAUGACAGUAAAAAAGAGGGCCAAGAUUGUGGAACGUUUCAAUAAUAUAUCAAAUCCUGAAUUUGUCUUCAUGUUGAGCAGUAAAGCUGGCGGAUGUGGCUUGAAUUUAAUUGGUGCAAACCGGUUGGUUAUGUUUGAUCCAGACUGGAAUCCAGCUAAUGAUGAGCAGGCGAUGGCUCGUAUAUGGCGAGAUGGACAGAAGAAGACGUGCUACAUUUACAGGCUUUUGUCGACAGGAACAAUCGAGGAGAAGAUUUUCCAGCGCCAAACUCACAAGAAGGCACUAAGUAGCUGUGUAGUUGAUGAGGAACAAGAUGUUGAACGGCACUUCUCUCUUGGAGAGCUCAAGGAGCUCUUUACCCUAAAUGAGAGUACAGCAAGUGAUACACAUGAUAGGUUGAAAUGUCAUCGAUGUGUGAAUGGUCACCAGGUGCGCCCUCCUCCUGAAGACUCAGAUUGUACAUCGGAUCUUUCUCGGUGGAAUCACUGUGCAAAUAAACGUGGACUGCGAGAUGCGGUCAUUCAAUCUGCCUGGGAUGCUGCAGUCUCCUUUGUGUUUCAUCACCAUUCCCAUGAGGAACAACGUGGAGUUCUCUGAGAUACUACAAUGCUUAUGCAAAAUUUUGCAAAGACACAAGUUAACAGUAUCUGAAGCAGAUUAUUUGCCUUUAUGAAAAGUGACUGGAUUCUUAGAGGAAUCUAAAUAAGGAUCAGCUCACUGCCUAGUCCACCGUGACUUCAUUUAUUUGAAUAUAACAUUCUGCUGCCUUGUACACAUGGUUAAAAAUAUUCAACACUUUAGAUGUGCUCGAAUGGUGUAUAAAUUAUGACUUUCCUAUCUAUUGUCAUGUGAGUGACAGCAUAUUAUGUAAAGAUAUUUUUUACAAUCUAUUCAGUGAAUAGGUAAGGGCUUGUUCUAAACUAGAUUUUGCAAAAGGUAUUGGAGAGUUGUGCAGAUGAAUCAGUACUGCUGAAAUGCUAAUAUAAUUUCAUGUUCAAACUGAGGAAUAACUGAUUUAAAAUUCAUAGCUUAGUGUAUUAAUACCAUCUUCUCUGUUAUUAUCUUUGGUGUACUAAAAGUUUACAAUUUCAAGGAUUGGAGACAUAUUGUCAGCAAACAUUUAAGUACUGCUUGACAAUUAUAGUUAGCUCACUGAUCAUUUGGCACAUCGGUAUUAACUAUUUCCCACUCGAUAUUCCCUGAAGAUGUAAUAUGGUAUGUUUGACUCCAUUCAAACAACCAUGUAUCUGCUCUCAGUUAAAAUACCUCUGCUUGCUUAAUAAAUUAUAGCUAUAAUAAAUGGCUAAUUUAUGGAAGUCAGUGCUACAACACCUAAUGACUUCUGAUCUCAUCAACUGUCUGCACUUUUAAGUUACCAGAAGAAUCCCCUGGAUGGAAAUUCUCCCUAACUCAGAUUUCUGUCCUCCAUUAAAUCCACAAUGUGAUCUGUGGUAGCAGAUGUACUGUACCGAGACAACAAAAAAUAGAUUUUUUUUUUGUUUGAAUGGAAAUCAUGGCUGAAAACAGUUUUGUUUAAAUUUGUUUUAAAGUUAGAAGGAACAGUGAAUUUCAGAGGUGGAAUGUAUGUGGAAUGAACAUUGGCUUUUUAGCAAAAUGGAAAUUCUUUGCCACUGAACUUUAUUAUGAAACUUUAUUACAAUAAUUCAUUGCUUCAAAUUACAUUAUCUUUAUAAAACCUGGUAAUGUUAAGGCAUGAAAAAUUAAGUGACAAGAUCAGAUUUGGUACAUUAAGGCUUACUGUACCAUCCUUUAACAAAAAAAAUCAUACUUAUAAAACCAUAUUGCCAUUAGUACAAAGUACUCUGAAAACUUGGAGGAAGAAACAACCCCAUAAUUGUCUGUUGGCCAAAUUACAUUGGAGUAACUUGG